CCCAAUAUCUCUGAGAGUCCUGGAUGUCUGCCAGAGGCUGCUGGAAGGGAGACAGGCAGACAGGCACCAAUGCCUGCACACAGUUUCUUCUUUUCCCCCAUUCUCCAGGUAUAGGUCAUGUGAGAUCUGAGCUGGAAUGGAGCAUGACUCACAUACCACGUGGGAAUUCAAUGGCUCCUUCUAUCAGCCUUCAGCUUUCCUCAUGAUGGGCAUCCCAGGCCUGGAAGCCUUUCAUCACUGGAUCUCCAUCCCUUUUUGUGUGCUCUACCUGAUUGCUCUCUUGGGAAAUUGCAUCAUUCUAUUCGUCAUAAAGAAGACCCAAAGUCUUCAUGAACCCAUGUACUACUUUCUGUCCAUGCUAGCAGUCACUGACCUGGGGCUGGCUUUAUGUACACUGCCUACUACUUUGGGCAUUUUUUGGUUUAACAUCCGACGGAUUGGUUUUGAUGCUUGUCUCACUCAGAUGUAUUUCAUUCACAUACUGUCCUUCAUUGAAUCCUCCGUGCUCCUGGCAAUGGCAUUUGAUCGCUUCAUUGCCAUCUCCCAUCCACUUAGAUACCCAUCCAUACUGACCAAGACAACUGUCACAAAGAUAGGUCUGACAAUCAUAUUGAGAGGCACGGUCUCCCUUCUUCCAAUACCUUUCUUGCUCAAGAGGUUAACCUACUGUGGGAAGACUGAGCUUUCCCAUUCUUUCUGCUUCCAUCCUGAUAUCAUGAACCUAGCGUGCGCAGAUAUAAAAGUCAAUAUCUUCUAUGGUAUGAUUGCUUUGUUUUCAACAGUAGGGAUGGACUUUAUCUGCAUUGUGCUGUCCUACAUCCUGAUCAUUAAAACUGUUAUCAGCCUUGCAACUAAGGAGGAGUGUCUCAAGGCUUUGAAUACAUGCGUCUCCCACAUCUGUGCUGUCCUAAUAUUCUUCAUCCCAAUGAUUGGACUGUCCAUGAUUCAUCGUUUUGGAAAGAACUUUCCUCCUCUGGUUAGCACUUUGGUGGCCUACACCUACCUUAUAAUCCCACCUGCUCUCAACCCCAUUAUCUACAGCAUAAAAUCCAGCCACAUCCGUGAGGCUUUGUUCAGGGCACUGAGGAGGAAGUAUGAAUCUGACUGGUAGUUUCUGUCACCUGCCAGAAAAUGCUGGUGGACUUUUUCUGUGGUCAGAACCAGUGGACUGGUUUCUUAGUGCUGUACCCAUGGGUGUCACUGCCAGGCAAAAGAAAUGCUCAUCCCUCAACCCAGAGCUGUGAUUUUCCUAUUUCAUCUUAGCAUGAUGCUUGGUCCUUUCCAACAGCCUGCACACACCCCAGGUGUGGAAGCCACACUUUUGGGGAAACAAUUACAGAGAAACGAGCUUCUCCUUUUGAGUUACACAAUGCAGUGGAGCAAGGAACCUCUGCAAAAUAUUUUAUGGCACCUAGAGGUCAGAUAAUAUGUAAGCUUCACCUGGGUUCCCUUGCAUGGGAUCAUUGCUCCCUCAUUGCAUGUUGCUGCAUAACUAACCAAGACCACAAACUCUGCAGGACAGGAAGAGGCCAAAAGAGUCUGAAGUCACUCUGGAUAUCACAGUGAGUAAUUUUGUUCAACUGGAAACACCCCACAAGAUGGAGAUCAUUUCCAGAGGUUGAGCACGGAGCGUUUUUGGAAGAUUACAUCGUUUUAAGUGAACCCACAAUACUUGGUUCACCUAGCAUAUGGCUCAGCCUUAAUCUUCAUCUGUAUUUCUAAACUGCCAUACACAUUUACACUGCUGCUUCUGCACCUCCUCUUGCUUUCUUUGAGCCUUACUAUCCUACCAAGUCUAAUGUUCAAGCCAUUGUUUUUUUUGUACUGAAUGUAAAGUACCAUAUAUUCAAAUAAAAUAUAUUCAAAUAAA